UGCAGUACUCACCCUCUCUCUCUCCCCGUCUCUCAGAGGUGACCCUCUUCGCCCCGACUCUGAUCUCGGAUAAGAUUCUGCUGCGCCUCCUCAAGCACCCCGAAGUCAUCCAGGAGAUUCACUUCAAAGAGGACGACAAGAAGAGAGCCGAGCAUUACCUGUACCAGCGCAGCCGACCCACGGACUACUUCACACUGAUCCUGCAGGGCCGGGUGGAGGUGGAGGCUGGCAAUGAGCACAUGAAGUUGGAGACGGGUCCUUUCUCUUACUACGGGGUCAUGUCCCUCAGCACCCCCCACGCUCGAGUUUCGCUCCCCCUCUCACGUUGCUGGUCUGAAUCGCUCCGUCUCUCUGAGCUGCACGGACCGGUCCGAGUCACUGUCCGUCGGCGGGAGCAACAACCAGCUCAGCAGCACCCCCUCCCUGCAGGCGCUGCAGUACACCCCUGACUUCAACGUGCGCGCUCUCACUGACCUGCAGUUCAUCAAGAUCACCCGGCAGCAGUACCAGAACGGGCUGAUCGCGUCCCGGCUCGACAGCACGCCACAGUCCCCCGAGCACACACACAUCGCCAUGGAGACACGCUUCAGUGCCGAGAACGGACCGGACGAGACUACCAGCCUGCUGAACGAGCAGAACAGCGCGGUGCAGAGCGGAGCGAACCACAGCACCGACUCCACUGUGUAACACAACACAACACAACACAAUACAGAUAACCACAGCACCGACUCCACUGUGUAACACAACACAACACAACACAGAUAACCACAGCACUGACUCCACCGUGUAACACAACACAACACAACACAAUACAAUACAGCCCUUUCCACAGUCCAUACAGCCAUCUACAGAGGAGACAGGAGACCCACACACACACACACACACACACGCACACACACAGGAACCCCAGGACAGGAGGGAUGCAGCCUCCUACUCAACCCAGAGCAGCUCAAACAUCGGCUGCUGGAAAGUGUUUUUUUAUGACGGAGUUGCCGAGUUUUGAAAAGCAGCUGGUUUGGAUCGGGUUCCAGUAUGGAUGCUUCACCCGGAUAUUGCUGCAGCCUGCAGUCCCCCAACUCGCCCAGCAGAGGGCAGCGUGACCCUGUGGAUUACAGCAAAGCUAUCCCGGUCACAGGCAGCAGGGGGCGCUGUUGGGAAGCAAGGGAAUGUGGAAUUAUUUAAAAACUAUUAUAAUUAACAAAAAAAAAAAAAAAAAAAAAAAAAAACUGCAGCUUUUAAAAGAACAGCCAUUUUGGGAUCUUCUUAAUCUGAACAGCAAGCCAGCAAUAAUCCACGAACGGGCCUGGACUGGAGCGGGCCUGGACUGUGUUCUGAAUAACAGCCAGAGAAAGGUUGCGUUUCCCUCCCCGCUCAUGUUCCCGAGCUGUGAGCAGGUUUGAACCCUGACUCUGCCUAGAAGUCCGACGAAAAUCUGAAUAAUAAUAAUGAUGAUGAUGAUAAUGAUUCCUAAUAUUUCAAUUUGAAACCCGUUUUUCAGUAGAGGUGUGCUGCAGAGAAGCAUCAGAACACAAGGAGGCUCGGGGGCCCAGCGGUUAAAGAAAGGGGUCUUGAUACCAGGAGGUUCAAAUCCCAGCUCAGCCACUGACUCCCUGUGUGUGUGUGUGUGUGACCCUGAGCAAGUCACUGAACCUCCUUGUGCUCCGUCCUUCGGAUGAGACGUAAAACAAACGAGCUCCUAUUGGAGGUGACUCUGCAGCAGCAGCAGCAGCAGUUGUUGAUGAUGCAGAGUUCACCCCCCUAGUCUCUGUAAGUCUCUUUGGAUAAAAGCCUCUGCUAAAUGACUAAAUAAUAAUAAUAAUUCCAGUGCAGUCCUCCUACAAUGCGAUAUUCGACUCGACCAGCAGGUGGCACUGUGGUAAAAAGUUCAAAACCCAGGUUAAUCAAAAUCAUCACAUUUAAAGGGAAAUGUUUAUUAUUCUCUGGUUUUUUUUCUCUUUUCUGGUGAGCGGGGGAACGAAAAGUCUUCCUGUUUUUGUUUUUUUUUCCAGUACUGUAUGUAUUCGCCUUUUAAGAGAUUGAAAUUCCUGUAUUUCCCUUUAAGAACGCGAUUCCAAUUUGGCAACAUAUAAUCAUGAUGAUAAUGAAGUUACGAUUGCUUCACCAUUAAUAAUAAUAACAAUAAUACUAA